CAUGCUCCGUCCCUCUUUGUGGCCCUUGUCUUCUUGGUGGCUUUAUGGUCUGCAGAGACCUGGUCUAGCCGUAAAUAUAGAGAUUCUCCACUGUUAGGCAAAAGCAAAUCUCAAUUUGCAGCUUUAUCCUGACUACCCAACGCACAUUUAGCUGGCUAUCGUUAUAAAUAGUCCGGGACAGACAUUGUUGAGCCGGGGCGUCGACUGGCCGAGAGGCAGAGCAUCCAUCCAUUCAUCCUUUUUUUUAUAGGCAGCUAGCGUUAGCCUCAACUAAAACCAGGGGGGCAGCGGUGUUGGGGGGAAUUUCAACAUGUCCGGCUACCAAGGAAAGAAGAACAUCCCCAAAAUUACAAGUGACCGUCUCCUCAUCAAGGGAGCAAAGAUAGUGAACGAUGAUCAGUCCUUCUUGGCUGAUAUCUACAUGGAAGAUGGAGUCAUUAAGCAACUUGGAGACAACCUCAUUGUCCCGGGCGGAGUCAAGAUCAUAGAAGCCCACGGCAGAAUGGUGAUGCCGGGGGGCAUUGAUGUGCACACGCGCUUCCAGAUGCCCGACCGAGGCAUGGUGGCGGCGGACGACUUCUACCAGGGCACCCGGGCGGCGCUGGCUGGCGGCACAACCAUGAUCAUCGACCAUGUGGUACCGGAGCCCGGUGUCAGCCUGGUCACUGCUUUCAAACAGUGGAGAGAGUGGGCUGACAGCAAGUCCUGCUGUGACUACUCUCUGCACGUGGACAUCGCUGAGUGGAAUAACAGCACCCAGGAGGAGAUGGAGACGCUAGUGAAGGAUCACGGUGUCAACUCUUUCCUGGUCUAUUUGGCUUAUAAGGAUGUUUUCCAGCUUUCUGACUCUCAGAUCUAUGAGGUGUUCAGUGUCGUCAGAGACCUGGGAGCCAUCGCUCAGGUUCACGCCGAGAACGGAGACAUUGUUGCAGAGGAGCAGAAACGCAUAUUAGAGCUGGGCAUCGCCGGUCCUGAAGGCCACGUACUUAGCCGUCCAGAGGAGGUGGAGGCCGAGGCCGUUAACCGCUCGGUCACCAUAGCCAAUCAGACCAACUGCCCCCUGUACAUCACCAAGGUGAUGAGCAAGAGCGCAGCCGAUGUUAUUGCUCUCGCUCGGAAAAAGGGUGCUGUGGUUUACGGAGAGCCCAUCUCUGCCAGCUUGGGCACAGAUGGCACCCAUUACUGGAGUAAGAACUGGGCCAAGGCAGCAGCCUUUGUCACCUCGCCGCCGCUCAGCCCCGAUCCCACCACCCCCGACUACCUCAACUCUCUGCUGUCAUGUGGGGACCUGCAGGUCACUGGUAGUGCUCACUGCACUUUCCAUACAUCCCAGCGUGCAGUAGGCAAAGAUAACUUCACCAUGAUUCCAGAAGGCACCAACGGCACCGAGGAGAGGAUGUCUCUUGUCUGGGACAAAUGUGUGGUGACUGGAAAGAUGGAUGAGAACCAGUUUGUGGCGGUAACCAGCACAAACGCAGCCAAGAUCUUCAACCUGUACCCCCGCAAAGGUCGCAUCGCCGUGGGUUCGGAUGCUGACCUCGUGCUGUGGGACCCAGAUCUGACAAAGAUCAUCUCGGCCAAGAGCCACAACCUGGCUGUAGAGUACAACAUCUUUGAAGGGACAGAGGUGCGUGGGGGUCCUCUGGUGGUCAUCAGCCAGGGUAAGAUUGUGUUGGAGGAGGGCACGCUCCACACCACAGAGGGCUGCGGGCGCUACAUCAGCCGCAAACCUUUCUCGGACCACGUGUACAAGAGGAUAAAGGCCCGCAGCAGGCUCACAGAGCUGCGAGGAGUCCCCAGGGGCCAGUACGACGGGCCAGUGUGUGAGGUGACCGUCACUCCGAAGGUGAUGUCCACGUUUUCUUCGAUGAAGACGUCCCCCGCCAAGCAGCAGCAGCAGCAACAGCAGCAACAGCAGUUCACUCAUCAGCCAGUGCGCAACCUCCACCAGUCUGGCUUCAGCCUGUCCGGCGCCCAGAUAGAUGACAACGUUCCACGUCGCACCACUCAACGCAUUGUGGCGCCCCCUGGUGGAAAAGCAAACAUCACCAGCCUCGGCUAGGCUCCUCAAUUAAGCCGCAGGAGGAUCACGGGACCAGAUGCCACGAGUAACCACAUCUCAUCAGAUCUCUCUUCACUUCUGGCUCCCCUGCACCCUUUCUAUCCAUUUUUACUCUAACAUUUCCACCAUGUCACCUCAUUCAAGAAAAAACAGGCACUGUUUCACGUAGUUUAACAUCUCCUGCCACAUUUCUGCAUCGAGGUAGGAGAGAGCGAAUUUAGGGAAAGCUUUUUUUAUCUUCAUUUGCUCAUUGAGGAAGUAAUUUGUUUACAUUGUUUUUCAAUCUUUGCUCCGUGUUAAAAGCUGUUCCAAGAAUAGAUCAGAACGCUGAUUAGGA